AUGGGCAUCAAAAGCACAAUGCCCUCCCAACCACACAUCAGCGUCAUCGGCUCUCUAAACAUCGACUUCGUAACAUCCACCCCCCGCUGCCCCGGCGCAGGCGAAACCCUCACAGCAACCUCCUUAACUGUCACAGCUGGUGGCAAAGGCGGAAACCAAGCAACAGCCUGCGGCCGGGCCUCCUUCACAGCCCCCGCAACCCAAGAUGUAACCGUCAGCAUGAUCGGAGCCGUCGGCGCAAACGAUGUCUAUUACUCGACUCUCCUCAAGCCCGCGCUGGAAAAAUCAGGCGUGAGCACGGCGAAUAUCGAGGAAUCGGAGCAGGCACAGACGGGCUCGGCGACGAUUAUCGUUGAGGACGGUGCGGGAGGCGAGAAUCGGAUUCUUGUUGUUCCUGGUGCGAAUCAUAUGGGGAUGAUGGCGGAUGCUGGGGCACUUGUGGAUGUUGUUGAGACGCAGGUGGUGAGGCCGGGGGUUGUUGUGUUGCAGGGUGAGAUUCCGAGGGAGACGACGCUAGGGUUGUUGGAGUAUUUUAAUGGUGGUGUUUCUGGGGAGGAGCGGGUGCAUGUUGUGUUUAAUCCGGCACCUGUUUAUCCUGAGGGGAUUGAGUUGGAUGCAUUGAAGCAUACUUCUGUGCUUAUUAUGAAUGAGACGGAGGCUGUGCAGAUGUCGAGGUCGAUUGCUGGUUUGCCGGUCUCUGACUCGACUCAGCCGACUGAGCUGGAUGAUCUUCAGCCUGAGGAGCUCGCACCGCGGUUCCAUGAGACUGCUGGUGUCCAGAUUGUUUUGAUUACGUUGGGCGCGAAGGGUGUUUAUUACUCGACUCGCAGUGGCCGUUGUGGUGCUGUGCCAGGAGUGCGAGUUCCCAAGGUGGUUGAUACCACGGCAGCGGGAGAUACAUUUGUUGGAUACUUCUCGACAGCCUUGGCACGAUUCCUCGCCAAGGGUGAACCUCUGGAGGCAUUCGACAGCGAGAUUGAAAGCGCCGUGAAGACCGCUAAUGCUGCGGCUGCGAAAUGCGUCGCCGCACGAGGCGCAAUGCAGAGCAUCCCAUUUGCAUAUGAUAUUGAGUAG